ACCACUGCAAAGAGGUCUGACCCACACUCUGCAGGAUGAAGCUGGUCACCAUGGCCCUGGCGUGCCUGCUGCUGGCUGGGCUGUGGCUUCCGGAUGCGGACGGCAGGAGCAUGCAUGUGUCAUCCUCCAACUGUUGCUUCGUCUUUGCGGAGAAAAGGAUUCCCCAGCAUAUAAUCCAGUGUUACAAACCCACCAGCUCCUCCUGCUUCCACAAGGGUCUAAUAAUCAAGCUGAAGGGCGGUCGAGAGACGUGUGUCUCAGACUCAGCCACAUGGGUUAAGCGUUAUUUAAAAACUGCAAAACCGUGCCGGGUGAAGUGAACGUGAGAGGGUUUCUUUCCACCCUGGACUCUGAAGAUGGCGUGACUUCCCCUGUCUCC